AUGUUCGCCAAGGGCAUCGACACCGACACCGGCACCUGGUCGGACCCGAUCGCCGGCAAGACGGCGUGCGACGACUUCGAGUUCGUGAACUGUGACCUGCAGGGCAACAUCCUCGAGCUGCUGCUGGCGAGCCACGCGUUCAAGGGCGAGAUCCCCGCGUCGAUCGGCAACCUGCCGUACCUCAAGACGCUCUCCCUCUCGCGCAACCAGCUCACCGGCACCGUGCCCUCCUCCAUCUUUGCCUCCGAGAGCCUGGAGGAGGUCUACCUGACGCACAACUUCUUCACGGGCGAGCUGCCGUGCGCGACGCACACCGAGCCCAAGCUGAAGAAGGCGUCGUACUCGCAGAACUACUUUACCGGCUCGCUCAAGUCGUGCCUCUUCUCGGAGGCGCCGAGGCUGCAGGAGCUGUACCUCGACUUCAUCAACCUCGACUCGCCGAUCCCUGCAGAGAUCAAGGAGGCGACGCAGCUCUCCCACUUCUCGGCCGUCCACUCUGGCCUGACGGGCGACCUGCCGAUGGACAUGAUGUGCUCGUCCAAGCUCUUCACGCUCGACCUGUCGCGCAACAAGCUCACGGGCACGCUGAAGAAGGUGGUCAUCAACGGGUGGAACGGCAUCUACCGCCUGACGCUCGACUCGAACGAGUUUGCGGGCGAGCUGCCCACGUUCGACUGGCACACGGCCAACCUGCGCUACCUCUCGCUGCGCAACAACAAGUUCAGCGGCAACUUCGAGGUGUCGCUCCUCGGC